AUGUCCUCUGAAGCUCCGACCCAGCCCGAGUCCCAGGGUCUAUUUGAUCUUGGUGUUUUACCCACCAAUUCCCGCAUUUUUCCAACGGAAGAAGAGGCAAUGUUCGCUAUAAGAGAAUUUGCAAUGGGCCAUGGGUAUGGCAUAUCUACUGCUAAAUCUUCAUUUUACUGUGGCCAAAAAAUCAUCAUUUAUCUGCAAUGUGACCGAAGCCGACCAUAUAAGCCCAAAAAAGCACCCACAAUACGUAGAGGUGGCACAAAAUCAACAAACUGUCCAUUUCGCAUGGCUCUUCGGCGUCAAAAACACCCUGAAAAAGAAGGCAAAUUUCACUGGCUUGUAACCGUUACAAAUGGACAUGACCGCCAUAACCACCCUACACAGCCUAUUUCAACACAUUCUACUCACCGAAAGGCUACCAUUCAGCAGCAUGCUGACCAAAUAUCCAUUCAAAUUCGCCGUGGGAUCUCAUCACGGCAGAUUAUUCGGAAUAUCAAAGCCCCGUGGCUUUCACCUCGCGAUAUCUACAAUUUCCGUGCCACUUUGAAUAAAAACGAGCGUACACGUGUGGUCUUUCGAAUUGAAGAGAACAAUCGCCAGUCCACACAAGAGAAUGAUGAUAUUGUCGUUGAAAAUAGAAAUACUGAGCAGGAAAUUGAGAUUGAUGAUCAGCAAAUGAUUGACCAACAAAUUCAUUAUGAGAUGUCACUCGCUGAGAUUGCUACUGAAAUUACGGCAAACUUCGGAGAUAGGAAUCAUGGGAAGUAUAAAGGAAUCCCGUCACAAAUGACAAAUGUAAUGCAGUUUUAG